AUGGAUCAAUUCCCGCCUGAAAGAAUACGUAAUCUGUCCAUCAUCGCUCAUAUCGAUCAUGGCAAAUCCACUCUGGCCGACAGGCUCUUACAGAUGACUGGAACUGUACCCGAGAACUCCUCACCUCAGUUCCUCGACAAGCUCAAAGUAGAAAGAGACAGAGGUAUAACCGUCAAAGCGCAGACGGUCUCCAUCGUGCACACCCAUACCGACGGUCAGAAGUAUCUCAUCAAUCUUAUCGAUACACCAGGCCAUGUGGACUUUUCCUACGAGGUUUCCAGGAGUUUGGGUGCGUGCGAGGGAGGUCUUCUACUAGUGGACUGUUCCCAGGGCAUACAAGCUCAGACACUUUCGGUAUUCCACGUAGCUCAAGAAGCCAAUCUCAAGCUUCUACCAGUAUUGAAUAAAGUGGACCUACCUCAUGCCUCUCCCGAGGAGACCUCUGCUCAGAUCGAAUCGACUUUAGGACUGCCACUGGAUUCUCACAUGCGAAUCAGUGCCAAGAAAGGCCUAGGGGUUGAUGAAGUACUUCGUAGAGUGAUUGAAGAUCUUCCACCACCGCGAAAAUGGAAAGAUCAAGAUGGUAAACUCCGAGGUCUGGUAUUCGAUACUUUCUAUGAUCACUUUCGAGGUGUCGUCUCCCUCGUUAGGGUGUUUUCCGGGUUAGUGAGAAAGGGAGACAAGAUCAAGUUGCUGCAAGCGGAUAGAAAAUACGACGUUAUCGAGGUGGGCGUGUAUAACCCUGAAGAGGUACCAGUGGACGUAUUGCUCGAGGGUCAAGUAGGAUAUGUGGUCUGUAAUAUGAAGAACUCUGAGGAUGCGUUCAUUGGCGAUACCAUGUGUUUAGCGGAUAAGCCCGUUGAGCCUUUGCCCGGGUCCAAACCAAUGAAAGCGAUGGUGUAUGCAGGUGUCUUCCCUAUCGACAGUAGCGAGUUUGGUAGAUUAGAAGAGGCCAUUGCCAGGCUUACACUCAACGACAGAAGUGUCUCGGUCCAGCGUGAAUCCUCUGCUGCUCUGUCUCAAGGUUUCAGACUGGGAUUCCUCGGAACGCUCCAUAUGGACGUUUUUCGACAACGUCUGGAAGAUGAAUAUGACUCCAGUGUCAUCAUAACGGCCCCAACAGUCCCAUACAAAGUCAUAUACAAGGAUGGUAGGGAGGAAUAUAUCUCGAAUCCCGCCGCCUUUCCAGAUACAACUGACCCAAAAUGCCGAGUUGCAGGAAUUGAAGAACCCAUGGUACAUUCCACCAUCUUCGCCCCGACCAAUUACAUCGGUGAGAUGAUGGAUCUAGCGUCGCGAUAUCGAGGCACUCAACUGGAGUACAAAGUACUAGAUAACACCGACCGAGCACUUUUGCGAUAUUCUUUUCCCUUGGCGGAAAUUGUCACAGACUUCUUCUCCGAGCUCAAAAGUGCCAGUUCUGGAUUCGCUUCUUUCGACUACGAGGAAGCAGCAUAUGAACAAUCUGACUUGGUCAAACUGAACAUCUUGCUCAACGGUAAACCUGUGGAUGCGUUGGCAAUGAUCGUCCAUCGUUCUGCCGCACCAUCUAUAGGGAGGUCAUGGUGCAAAAAGCUCCGCGAAGUCCUCCCUCGACAGCUGUUUGAGCUCGCCAUCCAAGCGGCCAUCGGCUCCCGUGUCAUUGCCCGUGAGACUCUCUCAGCGAUGCGAAAAGACGUCACCGCGGGUUUGUACGGCGGACACUACGAUCGAAAACUGAAACAUCUCAACAAGCAGAAAGAAGGCAAAAGACGAUUGAAGCGUUUGGCUGGGAACAUUGAUAUUCCCCAAUCGGCAUUCUUCGACGUUCUCAGUUCUCGACCACGAGCAUAUACGACUAUGUCUCGACGUGUCAUGCAAGACGAUCCGAUACUUUCCCUCCUUCCUUCUGUCGAAGCUUCCGAGGUGGUCUCUUCCAUAAUAUCUCCCAUGAGGAUUCCCCCUCCUAUAUCAGGACACGUCAUCGCACCUCUCAAUCGGUCAUUGGGACUGUCUGCUAUCCAUCGACUCAUAUCAGACCCCAAUGUCUCUGCAGAGGAGAUUCACGAGGCUUACCUCGAUCUGCACACUUCAUCACAUGAAGGACAACCAUUUACACCUUCCGAGCUCCGCGCCAUCUUCCACGCUUUGUCAAGAACCGGCAGGAAAAGUCUUUACCGCCGACAACAAGUGGAACGAUUGCAUAGUAUCACCGAUGAAUUGACGGAAUUACUUGGCUCCUCUCAGGAUUUAGGCAAUGGAUUAGCUUUGUCUAUCUUGUGUUCAGUCCGUGACCGACGAAAAGUCUCCCCCGCUGUGUUAUCACGAGCGGAAGCGACCUUCAAGUCACUCUUUCCUCAAUCUCCCCUUCCAACCGAUGCCAGAUCGCAAGAAUUCGUGAAAAGUGUCAAUCAUCUCUUAUAUCUCUGCGCGCUUGCUGGUGAUGAGAAGAAGUUUGAUUAUUGGUCCAAAAUUCGAGAAUCAGUCUCGGAACUCGAUGGCGAUAGUUGGAUGGUUCUCUCUAGACUUGUCUUAUUUCGUAAUACAAACCAAUCUAAUCGAAUCAUUCCGACGGUGAAUGAUACUCUUAAUCAAAUCGAGGAUCCGCAGGACAUGAUGGUCAUCAUCAAUUACGCAUUAUGGUCUUCAUGUCUCGACGAAAACUUUGAAGUGGUGAUUAAAGCGUAUGAAACACUCGUACCUACCACUCAACUUCCUUUCCCCCAUCCUCACCCUCAUCAAGGUUCGAAGGAGAUAAACGAAACAUAUCUUUCUAUCCCACCUGACAUCUUGCCAACCAGAGAAACGUUCUCUCUUCUCAUCAACGCCUUCUCAUAUCAUGGUCAUCUAGCAUGUGCUCUAACGGUCAUGCGUGACAUGUUGGCACAAGAGAUAUCUCCGGGCGUAGGGGAAUAUAUGUCUCUCAUCAGAGGUUUUGCGAAAUACGUUGUGAUUCCUAAUGUUGAACCUGGUCAAGCUAGAAUCGGAUUUCCUCGUUGGAUCACACAUACUGAUAAAGGUGAUAUCACAAGUAUAUGGGAACGAGCUAUUUCAUCACGUCUAAACCUCAACCUCGAUCAAUCACCAUUCGACUUCCAUUCGGGGAAACAUCCUCUUUUUCAACAACAUCCACAUAAUCCCUUGAAAGUGAGCAAGCAAAUAGACUCACUCGAAUCGGUUCCAGCUGAAAGCGAUUCAGCCGUUGGGGAAGAUAUGCAAGAAAGAUAUGAUAGAUCCGGGGGAGUGAUGAGACGAAAUGGAAAGAAAGAAAAAUGGACUAAAGAUAUACUCGAAGAUAUUUUCGAAGGACUUCUUGCUCUCAUUCCAAUUAAAAAAGGUAGUAGAUCUCUUAGUCCUGGACAAAUAUAUACCGUUUUGCUCGCUUUUGCUAGGAGUAGUAAUGGUGAUUAUCAGACUGUCGUUUCGGUCUGGGAAGCUUUGGAAAGGAAGUUUAACCAAGAUGGUUGGAUGGGACGGAGAGAGGAUGGUAGAUUAAGUAAACUUCGUCGGGUGUUGGGUAUUGGCCGUUCGUCCGAGUCAUAG